AUGCUCCAUUGUGGACACAGUUAUUGCUAGGGGUGUUUAUUGAAUUUAUUUAGAGUUACUCAUGGAGACAUUCAAUGUCCUUAUUGCCAGGAAAAGCACAAUUUUCAGUCUGUUGAGGAAAUAAAAACUCUAAUCAAGAAUUACACGCUACUCAGUCUAGUUGAUUAAAGACUUACCAAUUAAGUCAAACAGAUAUCGUUGUAGUAAAAGCAGUAGCAACUUCAGGAUAAAAGAAUCAAAACUUAGAGUAGCCAGAAUGACUAUAGUCCGUGCGAUAUGAAGAAUAAUAAUGUAAAAGAUGGAUUUUUGUUUAAAAGUGAUGGAAAAUGUCUUUCUUCAGACUUAGAUUAAUUAGAAUUUACUAAACUCUUAAAAAAGAACUCAGACAAUAGACAAGUCUUAAAAUUUAAUCCCAAAGAGGAUAGCAAUGAAAUUAGCAUUAGACAAAAGGAUAUCAAAGAUGACUACAAGCAUUGUAUUAGGGUGAUUCCUAACAUCAAUAAGAAAAGAUGCGAAGAACACAAAGAUCAUUUCACUUUUUUACUAUUGCUUAAACUUAGGGAAAAAGAAAAGUCUGAUCUAGAUUUUUAAAUCAAUAAAAUCUUGAUUCAACUCAGGAAUUAAGUAUAGAAAUUUGAACAAGAGAUUCGUGAUUAAUCUGCAGAUUUUAUUUUGUAAAAGUAGGAGGUUAAUUAAAAGCUGAAGAGUACCUUUUAAUCAUGCAUUGAAGGGUAUGUAAAAAAUACAGAAAAGAUGAAUAUGAUUGAAUUCUUCAAUCUAGAUCAAAAUCUAACAAAUGACUAUAAUUGGAUCUGUAAGGAAUGUCUAGUUGACAAUCCAAUCGACAAGGUCAAAUGUAAAAAUUGCAAAUAAUAUAGAGAUAUCAUCCAAAUAAAAUCUAUUAGGGAAUGCUUAUAUGACUAAGCUCAUCUAAGGGAUAGUAAAAUAUUAGAUUUGAAUUAUUAGAAGUUAGAACAGUCACUUAAAAUAAGAAGAAAAUAUGAAUAGAGAAUCAUCAGUGACUUGGAACAAAUGUCAGAGUAAAAUAGAUUAGACUAAAUUGCCGUAGAGGAUUAUAAAUGGUAUGCAAUUUCAAUGAAAUGGCUUGAUUAAUGGAAGAACUAUGUUUAAAGUGAUAAAAUCGAUUUGAAUUUGGUGCCAGGAUAAAUAGAUAACAGCAACUUGUAUAUUCACUAAGAAGCUAAUAGAUUUUAAACCUAAGCUUGGGUCAUUAGAGAUGAUUUAGUUAGAAAUAAGGAUUAUAAAAUGGUUACUGAGUUAGUAUGGGAUAUUUUUAAUUUGAUUUAUGGAGGUGGACCUGUGAUUUCAAGACAGUAAAAAGAUAUUUAUUCAAAAGGUGUUACAGAGUUAUUAAGAAAGCCAAGUGAUAUUCGGAUUACAAACGUUUAAAAAAUUGACAAGUUUGAAGAAAUUAAAAAUGUAGUUAUAGAAUUACAACCUAAAAAAUCUUAAAAUAUUGAACCAUAAUCAUUUAAAAAGUCUCAAGGUGGUUCAGAGAAGACUUAGCCAAGAAGAGCUGAUUCCUUAGCUAUCCCAGAUAUCUUAAGCUAGAGACAGAAGGAACAACAAAAAUCUCAAGCCUUAAAUAGUCCUCAAUAGAAUAUGAACAGCAAGUAGUCUUCUUAUAUCUAAAGGCAUUAGACUUCCAUUGACUAUUCUAUAAAGCAUUAAGUAAUUGCUGAGCCUAUUGAGGAAGUCAAGGUCGAAGAGAAAAAGAAAUAAAGCAGAUCCAAGAGUGCAAAAAGAAAUCUUUUUGAUGCCAAUAGAAAUAGGCCAAGAUAAACCAAUUAAAUGCAAGGCUCAGAAUAAUCAUUUAACAUCAAGCAAAUAAAUCAAAAUAAAGUGGCUUUAAAAUCCUAGUAGCAGCUUUAUGAUAUGAAUGUCACUAAUGAAGAUGAAUUGAAUUCUCUUUAGGAGUUGAAGCCAGUCAUUAUGAGUUAAGCUUCAAUUCCUAGUAAAAUUAAUAAGGCUGAUAUGUUCAAGCAUGUACCUAAGAGCUCUUACAGGCCAUAGCUAUAAAAUAUGAAAAAUAAUCAGCCAAGCCUUAUUGAUUUAUCCAGAAAACAACCACAGAAUCAGUUUAAUAGUAAUUCAAUAGAGUAUAAAAAUUUCAAAGAUUUGAUUUAAUCACCUAAAGUAAAUAGUAGUUAUUUGGGCCUGAUUGAUCAGCAUAACAUCAAGGCAAAAAAUAACUAGCAAUAGAAAAAUCCUAAUUCGAGUUUGAAUAUUAAUGUUUCUAAUUAGAAUCUGAGUAGCACGAGUGCAGUUGGAAGUUUAAGUUCACCCUAAGAUUAGUUGUUCAACCAGGCUGGCAAUCAUCAAAAUACUUAACCUCGUGAAGAAUUUAUGAUGAGCAGAUAAAAUAGAUAGACUUAUGGCACGAGUAAGAGUGUGUGCAAGGUUAAAGAAGUAUCUCCCUCUGGUAUUAAUAUACUUAAUACUAUUGUGACAUCUUUUGAAAAUAUUUUCUGGAGAAACACUAAUGCUAAAUGA